GAAGGGGGCGGGGCUUUGUUGUUUCCUCCCUGUGCCCGAGAGCUGCCCCCGCGCGACCACCUGGCUCGACAUGCACAGCGCCCCCGUUAUCCCCGAGGAGGUCGCCAGCCUCCUGGCAGAUGUUGAUGCAUUUAUAUCAGAUAUCCUAAAAGCAGAAAAUUUAUCCAAAAGAGCAAAGGAAAAGAGGGAUGCUCUGAUUAAGAAGAUAAAAGACAUCAAGUCCAACUACCCUCAGGAAUUUCCGGAAAGAGGAGAAUUAGAAGAUGGGGAAGAACGUGAAGGUCCGUGGCCUUUGGCUCCUGACAACCUAUCUGACCGGUAUGAUAAAGAUGAUGAAGGCCCAUCUGAUGGGACUCAGCUUCUUCCUGUGGGAGCCCAAGACCUUCAGUUUGUGUUAAAAUCUGGAUACCUGGAAAAACGCAGAAAAGACCACAGCUUUCUUGGCUUUGAGUGGCAAAAACGGUGGUGUGCUCUGAGUCGGACAGUCUUCUACUAUUACGGAAGUGACAAAGACAAACAACAGAAAGGUGAAUUUGCUAUAGAUGGCUACACCGUCAGAAUGAAUAAUACCCUUCGGAAGGAUGGGAAGAAAGAUUGCUGUUUUGAAAUCGCUGCACCUGAUAAACGCAUUUAUCAGUUUACAGCUGCCACUCCCAAAGAAGCGGAGGAAUGGGUGCAAAGCCUCAAGUUUGUAUUACAAGACAUGGAAUCUGAAGUUAUUCCAGAGGAGGUCGAAGAAUAUGACGACGUUGGGGAAAGUGACAUAAGUUCACCACAAGUCAGCAUGCAGCCAAUGGAGGAUGACAUUUACGAAGUACUUCCAGAAGAAGAGGAAGAAGCCAAGGUGCCAGCGAAGACUGAAGAACGGAAGAAAUUGAGCCCAGAGAAUAUUGCCAAUGUUUCAGGCAAUAAAAACACAGAUUAUGCUAAUUUCUACCAAGGUAUGUGGGACUGCGCUGGAGAUGUUCCUGAUGAACUGACAUUCAAACGUGGUGACGUUAUCUACAUUCUCAGCAAGGAGUACAAUAGAUUUGGCUGGUGGGUAGGAGAAAUGAAAGGAACCAUUGGCUUGGUGCCUAAAGCCUACAUAAUGGAGAUGUAUGAUAUUUGAGAGGCCCGGGCACAUUCUACAAAUGAGACAAAGACUAACACAGAGCUUCCAAACAGAUGCCAGUGCAAAGUAUUUCCAGUGCUAGCUUGCAGGUUUUAUGAAGAGUCCCCCGGUAUGCUAGACGUCAAGCUUUCUCUGUGUACUAUGUAAGUUUGGUCACUUUGAUGAUGGAGCCACAUGAUCAGGCAUUUAUUUAUACUUUUGUAACCCAAGCAUAGUGUAGUGGGAACAUAACCUGCAUAAGUCAAGCUGUAAUGAAUGGAAGAAAGAUGUACAAGAAUUCUGGAGCAUCCUGUAUUCAUUUCAACAUGAGUUAUUGGCACGGCUGCCAGUUUUUAAACUGGUCCCUCUUGCUGUCCUGUUUCAAUAUCGGUUUGAUCUACAAGCAAUUAAUAGGGAAAUGUUACUUAAUGUCAUGCUAUGAAUGGCUUCAAAUGCAUACUGCCACUCAUUAAACAUCUAUUAAAGGGACAGGACAUUUUCCCCUGUCCCUUUGGCAAUCUUAGUUAUCAGAUGUUCCCAAUGGACUGCACUUGUACUUUGAGAAUCCCAGUGGAUUGCACUUUUUUCUGUUUUCUACAUGUGAUACACAGCAGCAAAUAUUUCUUGGUUGAUUUUCCCCCAGUCCCUUUGUGAUGGUACUUUUUUAUAUUA